CUGUCGUGGCGUGGCUGGUCGCGCCAGGCGGGGAACUUCACCACACUGGAGCCCGGAGUCCCACUCUCUCACCUGCGCAGUUCGGAGCUGCCAUGGGUUUCUCAACAGGAUAUACUGUCCUAAUUAUUCUACCGGCCUUUCUGCUGCACACCAGCGGCCUUUACAUCGCCAGUAGCGUUGACUCCCUGCAGCACGUCCUGGGGGAGUAUGGACUGGUUAGGCCGAUCAGUGUGGACGCAGAGGGCCGCUUCUUGUCACACGCCGUCUCGGCUGGCAGCAUAGCAGGAGGGCAGUCCCGUAGGCGCCGGAGGAGGGAGGUAGGAGAAGGCAAUGAUGAGUGGGAAGGACCAAGAGGAGCUGUGCCCCCUCGGGAAAGGCUUUACUACAACGUCACCGUCUUCGGCCGGGAGUUCCACUUACGUCUGCACCACAAUGCCAGGCUGGUUGCACCCGGAGCCAAGAUGGAGUGGCAUGAUGACAACGACAGCAUCCGGCACUCUGAGCCAUUGCAUGAUGAAUGCUUGUAUGUGGGUGACAUCACAGACACACCAGGAGCCACUGUGGCGAUCAGCAACUGUGAUGGCCUGGCUGGUAUGAUCAAGACAGAGCGAGAGGAGUUUUUCAUCGAGCCAGUCGAGAGGGGCGAUGGAGUGAUAGAAGAGGAGGAGGAGGGAGGAGGAGGAAGGACACACAUCGUCUAUCGCUCUUCAGCCGUUAAGAAAGUGCCCAUCAGCGGUGCAGCAGCCGACUACCACUCCAGAGGUGCAGAUCUUGGUGGUCUGAUGGAGCUGGAGUCUCUGUACCGUGGUGUGGAGCAGAGCAUCAACCACACGCGAGCAGGGCGAGCACGCAGACAGACCUCUGACAGAGCCUACAACAUCGAGGUGCUGCUGGGCGUCGACGACUCAGUGGUCCAGUUUCACGGGAAGGAGCAUGUCCAGAAGUACCUUCUCACACUUAUGAACAUUGUGAAUGAGAUCUACCAUGACAGUUCUUUAGGAGCAAAAAUCAAUGUGGUUCUGGUGCGGAUUAUCAUGCUUGGCUACGGAAAGUCCAUGCGUCUGAUUGAACUAGGAAACCCAUCUCAGAGUCUGGAGAACGUGUGUCGUUGGGCCUUUCUGCAGCAGAAGCAAGACACGGGGGACGCCGAGUAUCACGAUCACGCCAUCUUCCUCACACGGCAGGAAUUUGGCCCCACGGGAAUGCAGGGUUAUGCUCCAGUGACAGGCAUGUGCCACCCAGUCAGGAGCUGCACCCUGAACCACGAGGAUGGUUUCUCCUCAGCCUUUGUGGUGGCACACGAGACCGGACAUGUGCUGGGGAUGGAGCAUGAUGGCCAGGGAAACCGCUGUGGAGAUGAGGUGCACAUGGGCAGCAUCAUGGCUCCUCUGGUGCAAGCUGCUUUCCACCGCUUUCACUGGUCCAAAUGUAGCAUGCAGGAGCUGGGACGAUACCUUCAUUCCUACGACUGUCUUCGUGAUGAUCCUUUUGACCACAACUGGCCAUCGCUGCCUCAACUUCCUGGUUUGCAUUACUCCAUGAAUGAGCAGUGCCGCUUUGACUUCGGCGUGGGCUACACAAUGUGCACCGCGUAUCGCACAUUUGACCCAUGCAAGCAGCUGUGGUGUAGCCACCCAGACAAUCCGUUCUUCUGUAAGACCAAGAAAGGGCCGCCCAUUGAUGGAACCAUGUGUGGGGACGGGAAGCAUUGCUAUAGAGGUCACUGCAUCUGGCUGACCCCUGACCUCAUGAGGCAAGAUGGAAACUGGGGUUCAUGGAGUGAGUUUGGCCAGUGUUCCCGCACCUGUGGUGGAGGAGUACAGUUUCGCACACGCGACUGUAACAAUCCAAUACCACACAAUGGAGGCCGGAAAUGCGUGGGGGCGGAUUCCCAAUUCCAGAUGUGCAACACCAACGAGUGUGAGGAUAUUUACAGUGACCCAAGAGAAGAGCAGUGCCAUGCUUGGGCGCUUCACUCUGAAAUCCACACCAACAAGCACCACUGGCUGCCUUAUGAACACCCAGACCCUAACAAACGCUGCUACUUGCAUUGCCAGUCCAAGGAGACACGAACUGCGGUUUUCACGGAGACAGUGGUCCUGGAUGGUACACGGUGCUCAUACAAGGACCCGCACAGUGUGUGUGUGGGUGGGGAGUGUAAGAAAGUGGGAUGCGACGGUGUGGUCGGCUCCUCAAAGCAGGAGGACAAUUGUGGAGUGUGUGGAGGUGACAACUCCAGCUGCAAAAUCUUCAAAGACAAACCAUCACACGAUAAACCAGAUGUUUGUUUUAUUUCAGGAUUCCUCAAGUUCUGGAAAAUCCCCAGAGGAGCGAGACACUUGCUGAUCCAAGAGCUGAAAGACACCUCACACACUCUAGUGGUUAAAAAUGUGGCAUCGGGGCAAUUCUUCAUAAAUGAAGACAUGGAAAAGCCAGAAUCCUACUCAGUCAUAGAGAAGGGUGUGGAGUGGGAAUAUGAGAAUGAUAAUGACAAGGAGACCCUUCAGUCAACUGGUCCCCUCAGACACGGAGUUCUGAUAAUGGUAUACAACAACACAGAUGUGAAUUUGUCUUACAAGUACUUGAUGAAUACAGACUGUGACUCUGCCAUUCUGAACAACAUGUUAGUGGAGGACAGUGCCUAUGAAUGGGCCCCAAAGAAAUGGUCAUACUGCUCCAAGCCUUGUGGUGGAGGUACACAGUAUCUGCGAUAUGGCUGCAGAAGAAAAGUUGACAGCAAGAUGGUUCAUAAAAGCUUCUGUAACAAGUCCAACAUGAAACCAAGAGGUGACAUGAGAGACUGCAACCAGAAGCCCUGCCCUCCUCCCAUCUGGGUGACAGGGGAGUGGCAGAACUGCAGCAAACAGUGUGGAAAGACAGGCCUGCAAAUCCGAUCGGUGAGCUGUGUCCAGCUUUCGGAUGACAACACAACACGUUCCAUCCACAACAAGCACUGCAACGACAACCGUCCAGAGUCGCGCAGACCCUGCAACCGAUUUCCCUGCCCCAACCAGUGGAGAGUUGGACCGUGGUCACAGUGCUCAGUGACAUGUGGUAAUGGGACCCAGCAGAGACAGGCUUUGUGUCACACCAGGGACAACACAAUCGACCUGUGUCUUGAUAGUAAGCCAGAUACCAUAAGAGUUUGUCGCCUGGCACCAUGUCCCAAGGCUCAUCAGACCUCAACAAGAACGGCAACAUUUGAUCCAGUGGCUGUCACGCCCCAGCCCCAACUUCCCGAAGAUCUCCUCACGCCGUUGUCGUGGAGACCGCUCUGUGUUCUGUCGUAGGGAGGUGCUGAAGCGCUACUGCUCUCUACCGGACUACCAGCGCAUAUGCUGCAUGUCCUGCAGCAAUGUCACUAACAUAGAGCCUGUCCCCAACUCCACCCCCAGAGCCACAUCCA